UUACUCUCUUUCAACGUACUUCUAGAGCGAGCUUUUAGUCUCGUUGGAGUGUUCCGCCGAGUCACCAUGGGCGAGGAGACAUCGUCAGAGCAAUGUGUGCGACUGCAUCCACUAACACUUUCAGGUUAUCAGGUCGCAGAGAAUGGCUCAGUCCUGGUGGCCGUGUUUGCAGUGGUGGCCUGCUCCAUCCUCUGGGCGCUACGCUACUUCAAGGGGAGCUCGAAUAACCACGAGCAGAAACGAAGACCUCGGAUGGCGAUGCCCGAAGGGAUGCCUCCAGUUUUUCCCAACGGCUGGAUUCCGGUCAUUGAGGCCUCACAAGUGAAAAAAGGGGAGUUGAAAUCUCUCAGUGCAAUGGGCAAGGAGCUUGUGGCGUUUAGGACUGAGGAUGGAGAGGCACGGAUUUUCGACGCCUACUGCCCGCAUAUGGGUGCCAAUCUGGGAGUCAUGGGCCGUAUACUAGACAACUGCAUCGUGUGCCCCUUCCACGGCUGGAGAUUCGACGCUGACACUGGAGCGUGCACGCACGUUCCUUAUGCAACAAAAGUUCCUUCGUUCGUUACUGCGAAAGCGUGGACGUGCAAGGAGCUCCUAGGGAUGGUGUUCAUAUGGUACCACGCGGAUGGCGAGAAGCCUUCAUGGGAGAUACCAGCGGAUGUAUUGGGAGAGAAUGUUGAGUCUGAGGCCUCGGGGCAAUUCGAGCACCGGGUCCACACCCACAUCCAGGACAUAGCCGAAAACGGCGCUGACAUGGGACACUUCACCCAGCUACACGUUGCAAGCGCCCUCGUCGAUGGCGUCCACUUCAAGAAGACCAUGGGCGAGACUUGGAAAGGCCGCAUACUUCAGCACCAGUGGGCAACCAAUUGGAGCCCUUUCAAGCACGAGGCAACGGUGGCCAUUGAUUCCUACGUCACUUUCCUUGGCUGGAAGUCCAAGUACCUGUGCUAUAAUAUUGAAGCCCGCCAGGUUGGUCCAGCCCUGGUCAUCAUCCGAGUUCACGGCUAUCGCACAAACGUCACGCUCAUCCAGUCACUGAUUCCCGAAGGGCCAUUCAACAUUAGGAUGCUGCACAAGUUGCACUUUGAGCCACGAAUGAGCUGGCUGGUACGAUGGAUCUGGAUUAUUAUGCUGCGAAACAUGGUAGAUCGAGACGGGAUCGUGUGGAACUCCAAAGCGUUUUUGAAGAAGCCCAUGCUUGUCAAGGAGGAACAGUCCGUCGCCAGUUUUCGCAAGUGGUACUCUCAAUUCUACAGCGCCAGCAGUCCCACAUGGCAAGAAAUACGCGACCUGACCCUGGAAUGGUGACCGCGGACGUGGCUUGAACACCGUUGAGAAGCACUUGGCAUUGCGGCGUUCAUCAGCGGCGUUGAAUUUAGUUCACAGUUUAACCCAGUUGUGCAUGCGUGAGCUACUGUCGCCUUCUUGUGUCGCGGCCACUUCGAGUGCGGCAUGGUGUCGCUGAUGCAUGUUUAUGAACUAUAGCAUCUACAAGCACUUCUUUUUAAAACUGCGACAGGAGCUAACCUGAACGGCACCGUAUACUCUAGAAAAGGCGUUUUAUUAGGCACAUAUGAGUGGAUUGCCCUAAAUUACGAAAAAACAAAUCAAACAUGCAAUAAAUUGUGAAAAGAAACUAUAUGCGAAGAAAGCAAUUCUGAUAGGCUAGAUCAUGAUACAACGCAACCUUAAAAGUACCAUGCAGUCUCUAGAAGGUGUUUUUAACUGUGUAAGUGUUGAUUUGGAUAAAUGCAAGAGAAAUAAAAGAAACACAGUUACAAAGCAAGAAAGUUAAAGGACCACUAACACCAAAUUUCAAACUCAAGAUGUUUGUGUUGUUCGAUUCUCCUGCAUAUAGGUACCUCUCACUGAGUAUAAUGGCGAACAUUAGCUUGAAAAUAUCUUAUACCAUGAUUUUCAACUCAGCGUGAGCGGCUGAUCUCAAACUGCAGCACCUCGCGACACCGUCAUCAAAAUGAUGCCUUUGGUGGCCC